AUGUCAAAAAAACUACAUAAUGGUAAACCACUACACAAAUGGAUUGGUUACUUCUAUAUUUUAGAUGAAAAACGGAAUAAAACUUAUAAGACUGCUAAAUGUUUAGCUUGUAUUAAUACUAAUAAUCCGUCAUUGAUAGUUGAAGAAAUGAAUAAUAAGAGAGAAAAAUGUCAAAACCAUUUAAGAGAUUGUUCACAAUUUAAAGCUCAAUUUAAUGAAGAAGAAUGGGCUUCUAUAUAUACUAUUAAAAAAGCACAUAGUAAAAAACGUUCAAGAGAAGUUUAUGAUGAUAAUCAAGAUGUAACUUCAUUAGUUUCUAUACUACUAAGUAUCAAUUUAACAAGAUCCUUAUCUACACAAUCUACACAACCUACUUUUACUGAUACUCAACUAAUUAAUAAUAGUAUUCUUUUUUAUAUGCCUCGACUUAUCACUAAAAGUACUAAACAUUGGCAUAAUCUUGUAUUAAGAGCUACUGUAUCUUGUAGUUGGCUAUUUAGGUGGGUAGAAAAUGAUGAAACACGAGAAUAA